GCUUCUCCGGAAAUCCCCCGCCGCGGGCUGGCCCAGCGGGAAGGGCGGUGCCUCAGUCCCCGCCCCGUGACGGCACUACAACGUCACCGCACCGCACCAGCCAAUCACGGGCCACCAGUCUGAGGUCGACCUCUGCCCCCGGCCUGCGGGCGGCGCUGUGGCGAUUAGACGGCCCCGGGGAGUCACCUCAGCCGCCCGCCUCCCCCAACUCAACGUCUUCGCCGCCGGCUCCGCGCCGCCGCCAUGGCCGACGUGGAAGACGGCGAAGAGCCCUGCGCCUUGUCCUCUCACUCGGGGAGCGCAGGCUCCAAGUCGGGAGGCGACAAAAUGUUCUCGCUGAAGAAGUGGAACGCGGUGGCCAUGUGGAGCUGGGACGUGGAGUGCGAUACGUGCGCCAUCUGCAGGGUCCAGAUGCCUGUCUUAGAUGUCAAGCUGAAAACAAACAAGAAGAUUGUGUUGUGGUCUGGGGAGAAUGCAAUCAUUCCUUCCACAACUGCUGCAUGUCCCUGUGGGUGAAGCAGAACAAUCGCUGCCCUCUCUGCCAGCAGGACUGGGUGGUCCAGAGAAUCGGCAAAUGAGAGUGGUGGGUGGGAGCUUUCUCAGCGGUGCUGUUCCCAGCCCUGGUGAAUGUUCCUGUCAAGUGGCCAACAAAGGCACAGAUGCUGCA